AGAUCAUUACCGAGCAUUUGCCUUUGUGCAGAAGGGUCAUUUAUGGUGUCUUCUAACAGUGCCAGACUGGGCAUUAGCAGCAAUUAAUACAAGUGAUUUUACUUCUCUUGACCCUCUGGUUUGGGAAAAGGUUUUAGCUUAGACUGAAAGGUUGUUGUUUCAGCACUGAGUCCCCCGGCAAAGACAGACAGACUGAGGACGUGCAACAUGGUGCUGCUCAGGGCCCUGGGCUUGGCGCUGGUCCUACUGCAUCUCUCUGGGACAUUGGAGGCAAAGCUGCAUUAUGUGGUGAUCUUCCCCUCGGAGUUGGUGGCCCCCCAUUCUGAACAAGCCUGUGUGCACCUCAGUGGGGCGGAGGGAGACAGCCGGAUACAGGUUACCUUGAACAUGGCCGAACGGAACUCAACGGUGAUAGAGAGGAACCUCCAGCAGAAAUCCCUCUUCAGCUGUGUGACAUUCCAGGUGCCUCCGCCCUCUGAAGGGAAUGAAGAAGUGGCCACCAUGGAAAUUCUCAUUGAGAGCGCAGGGGAGACCAUAACCAACAGCAGCAAAGUUCUAGUGAGGAAGAGAAGAACCAGCACUUUCAUUCAGACGGACAAAGUUUUAUACAAACCAGGGGACACAGUGCAAAUACGAGUUGUAAAUCUUGAAGAAAAUCUACAACUGAAAGAAACUCGGUUCCGAGUCAUUUAUAUACAGGAUCCAAACCAGAGACAUAUUGCCUGGUGGCAGAAUGUGAAUCUCACACAGGGAAUCGCUGAGCUCUCUUUCCCGCUGUCACCGGAGCCUUCGUUUGGUUUUUAUUACAUUCAUGUUGGGGACAUUAAGCAGCACUUUUUUGUGACAAGAUUCGCCCUUCAUAAAUAUGAGGUCGUCUUUCAGUUCCCCAAGGCUGUUUUAUCCAACAGUGAACAAUUCCAGCUGAAAAUAUGCGGCAGGUACCCAAAUGGCCAACCCGUGCAAGGAACAUAUCAGGCUACGGUGUGCCGCUGGGCCUUUUCAGUCUACUGGUCGCGACAUUUUAAAAAUUUUUCGGACCUGUGUGUUGAUUUCAGUGGAAAGUUGGAACAGUCUGGGUGUUCCAUAUUGCAAGUAAAGUCUGAUACCUUUAGAAUUGCCUACAACACUCAUGAAAUGGAUCUAGAGGGAGUAGCAACCAUUACGGAGGAAGAAACAGGUUUGAAAUAUUCUGGAAGAGGUAGAACCACCAUUUCACCCAAGCUAAAAAGCUGCCGUUUCCUGGAUGGAGACAUUACUUACAAGCCGGGGAUCCCAUACAGCGGCACAAUAAAGGUGAUGGACGGCAAUGAUGAUCCCCUUCCAAACCAAAAAGUCUCUCUAACCAUCAGUCCUAUGAAUAUAACGGAGAACUUGGUAUCGGAUGAGAAUGGACUUGUUUCCUUCCAGUUGGACAACACAACUGCAUGGGAGGGAAAGCUGCGCCUUACGGCGAGUCCAGAAAUGGAAAAAUCUGCUGAUAUGUAUUCCGGGCUCAUUAUACCUGUUUUUGGGAAAGACUCUCUGGAACUCAAACUCUUUGAAUCCCCCAGCAAGAGUUUCCUGAAACUGCACUCCCAGCAGGGGGAGCUCCCAUGUGAGGGGCAACGAGAUGUCCGAGUGGAAUAUAUUAUCCCAAACUCUGCCCUGGGGAUGGAGGCCAAGCACAUGGAGCUGCACUACCUGGUUAUUUCUAAAGAAUCUAUAAAGGACUCGGGAUCAUUGGAAGUGCCCAUUACUAGUGAAGGAGGAGGAUCUUCAGAGCUGAGGGGUGAGGUCUCCAUCAAACUCACACUCAGUGCCGAUGUCUCUCCGACUCUCCGCGCUCUCGCCUUCAUUUCCCUCCCUAAUGGGGAAUUAGUGGCCGAUUCUGCAACAUUCAAGCUGCAAAGGUGCUUCAAGAACAAAGUAUCAGUUGGCUUCUCCCCAGAUGAAGUUCUCCCAGGAGCUGAUGUUUCCCUACAAGUCCAGGCAGCCGCCGGGUCCCUGUGUGGCCUGAGAGUGGUGGAUAAGAUUGUUAAACCUGAGGUGGAUGUGACGGCUGAUAGGAUUCACAAGCUCUUCCCCUACUUUAAUGGAACAUAUGAUUAUCGGAUCAAAGACGCUGAUGAUAAUUGUACAUUAAAUCAAAAAUAUCGUGUUGAUGUCUACAGCCUGUUUAAGGAUAUGCAACUGAAAAUUGUCACCAACGCCUAUAAUAAGAGGCCCUCGAGGUGCUGGGAAGAGGAUGUAGAAGAAAUGUUGUAUGUUCCAAAUGAAGUAUAUAUACCAUAUUUGAAAGCAAGGGCCAAAUUAUUUGGAGUCAAUCCAGACUGGACAGUUGAAUUACCCACCCAUAUUGAACCUACACCAAAACUUAGUAGAGUAGAAGAUUUUUCAGUAUUGUCAAAGACAAAAUAUUUCAGAGACAAAGAUGGAAUCACUAAAGGAGCUGCUGAAAUAAUCCGGGUGUCUUUGCCAGAGACCUGGAUCUGGGAGCUAGCGGCCGUGGGUGAGUCGGGUAGAGCCGAGGUCCAUGGCUCAGCCCCAGACACCAUCACCGAGUGGAAUGCAGGAGCUUUCUGUAUGGGACCCAGUGGGUUUGGCAUCUCCCCACCAACCUCCCUUCGAGCCUUCCAGCCCUUCUUUGUGGAGCUCACUCUGCCGUACUCUGUGGUGCGAGGGGAGUCAUUCACUCUCAAGGCCUCUGUGUUUAACUCCCUCAAGCAGUGUAUAAAGGUUCAGACCAUCCUGCUGCCUUCACAAGAGUUAGAGCUGGAACCAUGUGCCGACUGUCAGUAUAGCAGCUGUCUCUGUGCAGAGGAAAGCAAGACCUUCUACUGGAACCUUAAAGCCUCCAACCUGGGAGAGGUGAACAUCACGGUGAGGACGGAGGCUCUGAACACUCAGGACAUGUGCAAUAAUGAGAUUGCUAUUGUGCCCAAGCAGGGUCACUCCGACACUGUGAUUAAGCCACUGCUGGUGCAGCCAGGGGGAAUUCUAGUAGAAAAGUCUCACAACUCUCUGAUCUGCAGACAAAAUGCAAAAGCCCAUUCUAUAAAAGAGAAGAUAUCCCUGAAUGUUCCUGAAAAUAUUCUGAAGGGUUCUGAGAGAGCUUAUAUAACAGUGCUGGGAGACCUGAUGGGAACAGCCAUGCAGAACCUGGACCGGCUCCUGGCCAUGCCACUUGGAAAUGGAGAGCAGAAAAUGAUUAUUUUUGCCCCCAGUAUCUACAUUCUACAGUAUCUGGAAAACACUCACCAACUGAGCCCUGAGAUCCAGAGCAAAGCCAAACGAUUGCUUACAGAUGGGUACCAAAGACAACUGACAUGCAAAGUAUAUGAUCGAUACUACUAUGUAUUCAGGCCACAGUCAGAGGAAAACUCAUGGCUGAAUGCAUAUGUAACAAAGUCCUUCAGCAAGGCUCGUCCCUACAUCUUCAUAGAUAGAGUCCAGAUUCGCCAAUGUAUUUUGUUACUAUGGAACUAUUGCAAAAAAAAAUGCGGCUGUUUCCGAAGGGUGGGAAAACGCUUCAAUAAUGCUCUGAAGGGGGGAGUGGAUGAUGAUGAACUAUCACUCUCUGCUUACAUCUCUAUUGCUCUAAUGGACGCCGGUUUGUCAAAACAGGGCAAUUUACUCAGGCACGCUCUAUACUGUCUCAGGGAGGCUGCCAAAAACGUGAGCAGUGCCUACAUCCAGGCUCUACUGGCCUACACUUUCUCUCUGAGUGGAGAUAAUAAACUCAGGGAGAUGCUGCUGGCUAAACUGGAGGAGAAGGCCAUAAGGAAAGAUGGACAGUUACACUGGGAGCAGAUACCUGCCUUUGAGGCCUUCAACCUCUCAUCCUGGAACCGCGCUCCCUCAGCCGAAGUGGAGUUAGCCUCCUAUGUGCUGCUGGCCCUUCGCUCAGAAACUAAGAAGGACCGGAGAAAAGCUUCUGAGAUAGUCAACUGGCUGAGCAAGCAGCAAAAUCCUUAUGGGGGGUUCUACUCUACUCAGGACACGGUUGUAGCGCUACAGGCUCUUGCUGAGUAUGCCGAGGCCACAUUCUCUGACAAGGGAGAUGUCACAGUCACAGUCACUUCCAAGACUGGGUUCCAUCAACAGUUCCAUGUGGAUCAGACUAACCGACUCCUGCUACAGAAAGCCUCACUGCCAGAUAUCCCUGGGGAGUACUCUCUGUCAGCCACUGGGAGCGGCUGUGUUUAUGUACAGACUGUCCUGAGAUACAACAUUCCCCCACCUAGAAGUGACGCCACCUUCUCAGUACGAGUGGAGACCCAACCACAGCAAUGUCCCCAGGAGCCAAUGAAACAGAUGGGCAUAGACAUUUAUAUUCAAUACACAGGGUCUCGGGAGGAAUCCAACUUGGCUCUGGUUGAGGUCAAGAUGCUCUCAGGCUUUAUCCCAGUGCGGAGCACAACGCAUCAGCUAGUGAGCAGCAAUACGAUAAAGCACAUUGAGACCCAAAAUGAUGUCCUGGCGUUAUACCUGAAUGAGUUAGGACAUGAUCCAGUUCAUCUCUCCUUCAUGGUGGAACAAGACAUUGUGGUGAAGAACCUAAAGCCGGCCACAGUGAAGGUCUAUGAUUAUUAUGAGCCAACGGAACAUGCAGUUACCGAGUACAACUCCCCCUGCAGCUCGGAUGAAGAGGCGGGCAACUGAAGAUAAGAUGUAGAUGCGCCUCACUAUAUCAGAAAUCCAUAACCAUUUUCUACAGCCAAACCCAAAACGGUGCAGAGAUAUUUCACAAUAAAAUAAGGGUUGGAACAUUCUUUAA